GACACAUGAUAUACUAGCAACUGAAACCGAACUGAAGGUGUGUUGGGACAAUGGAAAAGGUUUUGUGUAAUGUCCACGGCUCCGUGUGUAUGUUGAAAACGGGAGUAAAAGAUGGACCAAAUAAAGGCAAGAGCUUCUACGUCUGCGUUGACAAGCAAGGCUGUGAUUUCAGUCAAGAAACCAGCGUCUCACCUUCUCACUGCCUCCAUCAUGAAGAUGCAAUGGUGGAGCUCCAAGCUCUCAGCUACAGUCAACAGCAGCAGGGCCACAGGUUGUUCUACCGAUGUAUUAUGGGCAAAAAAACAGGCCAGAGAUGGUGUGGAAACGUGCCUUGGACCGCAUUGCAGCCAGAGAAAGAAAAGAGAAGCCCUUUAUCCGAUGCACAGCUGCAGCCCUCCUGUCUUCCACCUGUCCGAAAUCCCUUUAAGGCCCCUGGCAAGACAGAUAAGGACUCUGAGUGGAAAAGGAUGCAGUGUGGUGGACGUGAGGAGAAAGACAGUGAGGCAAGUCACAAGGCUGAAGAAAGAGAAAGCUAUCACAAAGAGAAUGUGAAGAAUGUGAGUGCAGUGAGAGAAGAAGAUGAAGGAAAGCUGAAGUCGUCAGAUACUUACCGAGGUAAACAACUUCCGCUGGGGAUGAAGUUAAAGAAGAGAGUUUCAAAUGAGGACAGCAGCAGUCCCAAAGCAAAUAAUGUGGAGAAAACAUUAGAUAAGAUACAAGACAAAGAAGAAGAGAACCACACUGAGCAGGGAGAAGCAGAAAAAAAGAUUUCUACCUCCAGCAUCAACACUGUUCACCCUGAGAAAAUCAAUGAAACUGCACCAGAUCGUCACAAGAACUCACCCCAGACACCAACAGAAGGUGAAGCCUGUCUGGUGAAACAAGCUGACCCCACAGUGGAAAAGAGCACACCCAAAUCUGCACCCAGCAAACAGGCUUCCACAGACUCUGAUAACACCAGGAACCCCUCAUCUGACAAACCAACACUGCCAGAGUCCAGUCAAACCAAAAACCACCAAGAGGGUGAUGAUGAUGAUGAUGCUGAUGUAGUGCUGGUGUCAGUAAAACCUGCUGCUUCGAAAACUCCUCCUGUUUCUGCCGUCCAAAAGACCCUGACCACCUUCCCUGGGUUCCAGCCAGCAUCUAAGGUCAAGGAUCAGGUGGAAGAUCCCAGAGGGCUGCAUCGCCUGCUCACCACCCAGCUGCAACAGAAAAAGGCCACUCUGUCUGUGGUGAAUGUGGCAGCUCUGCCAGAUAAAGGAGAAAGGCUGAAGACGCAGGUCAAAGAGCUGGAGGAAGCGCUGGAGUCGCUGAGCCUCACUGUUGCUACUCAGCCUGAGUCCCAGAGUGGAUGUAAUAGCAGUGAUUCUGGUAAAAGCAGCACCCAGAUGAACCCAUUCAGUCGGCAGGGUGGCACCAUCCUGCUCCCUGCUCCCCCAGCGCAGGGCCCCUCUCAGCACCAGGCGUCUGGCAGCUCUUUGGGGCUCCAGCUGAGUCAGGGAUACACCCAGAUGUAUGGAGCAAACCCACAGGCACAGGCCUUUUAUGGUGGCAGGAUGACUGAGGACCGUCUGCUGGCGGUGAAAAAUGCCACCUGUGAGGCCAUUGACCAUCUCCAUAAAUCUCUGGAGUCGUGUCCCGACGCUGAGGCCGAAGCCAGAGACCCCAAAGGCAUUAAGGUGCCGCUCCUGGCCCAUCAGAGGAGAGCUUUAGCCUGGCUGCUCUGGAGGGAAACGCAGAAUCCCUGCGGAGGAAUUCUAGCGGAUGACAUGGGUCUGGGAAAGACCUUGACCAUGAUUGCUCUCAUUCUGGCCAAGAAGAUCAAGGCAAAAGAAGAUGAUGAAAAGAAAGAAGAGAAGAAGCUGGAGACCUGGAUAUCCAAAACUGACUCGUGCCUUGUGGUUUCUAAAGGCACUCUGAUCAUCUGUCCUGCCUCCCUGAUUCACCACUGGAAGAAGGAGAUUGAAAGACAUGUGAAGACAGGCAAGCUGACAGUGUACCUGUAUCACGGACCCAACCGUGAGAGAAGUGCCAAAGUACUGGCAGAUUACGAUGUGGUGGUGACCACAUACAGUCUGGUCUCUAAGGAGAUCCCAGUCCAGAAGGAGGAGGCUGAUAAACCCAGCAAGGAUCCUGAUGAUGUGCCUUUACACUCGCCUCCUCUUCUGCGAGUGGCCUGGGCCCGGGUGAUUCUCGAUGAGGCCCACAACAUCAAAAAUCCAAAAGUGCAGACUUCCAUGGCUGUCUGUCAGCUGAGGGCUGGAGCCCGCUGGGCUGUCACUGGUACACCGAUCCAGAACAACCUGCUCGACAUGUAUUCACUGCUCAAGUUUCUUCGCUGUUCUCCGUUUGAUGAGUACAAACUCUGGAAAGCUCAGGUGGACAACGGCUCCAAGAGAGGCAGAGAGAGACUCAACAUCCUGACAAGGACGCUGCUGCUCCGACGAACCAAAGACCAGCAGGACUCCAAAGGAAAACCACUGGUGUCUCUUCCUGACCGGACCUGUGAGGUGCAUCAACUCAAACUCUCUGAGGAUGAACAGUCUGUGUACGAUGUGGUCUUUGCCCAGUCCAGAUCUACUCUGCAGAACUACCUGAAGAGACAUGAAGGAAAUGAUGUGAACAAGGGAAAGACUUCCAGUUCCAAUCCUUUUGAAAAAGUGGCCCAGGAGUUUGGAAUGUCCCAGGCCGACCCGGCUGUGUGCAGCUCUCAGCAGCCCGCACAGGCGUCCAGCACCGUCCACAUCCUGUCUCUGCUGCUGCGCCUCCGACAGUGCUGCUGUCACCUCUCACUUCUUAAGAAGACACUCGACUCCACAGAGUUGCAAGGUGAUGGGAUUGUUUUGUCUCUGGAGGAGCAGCUCAAUGCUCUGUCGCUCUCCUCCAGCCCCUCAUCGGGUCCCGAUCCUAAAGACACUGUGGCCCUUAAUGGAACCCGUUUCGCCUCAAAGCUAUUUGAAGACACCAGUGAAAGCACCAAGAUUUCUGCUGUUGUCUCCGAGCUUAAGGCAAUCAGACAGAAGAGUGAUGAUCAGAAAAGUGUAAUCGUGUCCCAGUGGACCAGCAUGCUGCACAUUGUAGCUGUUCAUCUGCGGCAGUUGGGCCUGAGAUAUGGAGUUAUUGACGGGACUGUCAACCCUAAACGUCGCAUGGACCUGGUGGAAGAAUUCAACACUAAUCCUAAAGGACCACAGGUGAUGCUGGUUUCCCUUUGUGCUGGAGGGGUUGGACUCAAUCUCAUCGGUGGAAAUCACCUCUUUCUCAUUGACAUGCACUGGAACCCAGCCUUGGAGGAUCAGGCCUGUGACCGAAUUUAUAGAGUUGGACAACGUAAAGAUGUCACCAUCCACAGGUUUGUUUGUGAAGGUACAGUGGAGGAGAAGAUUUCCACACUACAGACGAAGAAGAAGGAGCUGGCCCACAAUGUGUUGUCGGGAACAGGAAGCACCUUCUCUAAACUCUCCCUGGCUGACCUCAGAAUCAUUUUUGGUGUCUGAGACGGGAAAGUGCUGCUGCUGUGUAACUAACAGCUAUUUAUUCACAUAUACGUUCAGUAUUUAUGCAAGUAUUAAGGUAUAUGUCUGGAGAAAUCUUGAAAUAGCCUCUUAAGAUUGAGGUAAGAAAUCACCUAUAUGUUAGAUACUAGUUAGCAUGACCUUAUUUUUUGCUCUAAGCCAAAAAUGGUGACCAUUAGUUUAUUUUAUUCAUUUUUAAAAAACUGUUCAGCCAUUUCCUCCAGCAGAAACUGCAGCACUGCUGUUGGAUUACUCUAAACAGCGGAUUUGAGUUUGCUAUCGAACAUUUCCUGAGUUUUUCCUGAGAGAAGUUUCCUGAGACUGUAGAUACUGUUAAAAGCAGCCAGAAUUCAAAUUCCUCAACUUGAAACGUGUGUAUCCACACUAACGUCAACAUGCAUUUCAUAUAUUCCCUGAGAUGCUCUUUUUGUCUAGAAUUAUGCUUUAUUACACAUAUUCCUGUGUUUGUGUCAUAUGCUACAGUAAGUGUGGCGGUAUUUUUACAUGUUUAAAUAUAUCCUCUAAGAUCAUGUUUUAUUUGUUUAUUUGCAAAUUUGGGGGAUUUUCAACUGGGUAUAUAUUAUUUCUUUAAAUCUGUGCCACCUGAUGGAGUUUAUUUCAUUCAAAUAUGUUUUUAUUUUUUCUUGUAGCUGUAUUUAUGUUGAUAUGAUUUAAAUAAAUGCAGGUGAAGGAAGUUGUGGAAGUUAACAUGAGAA